AUGCUAGGGGAUGGUGAUUCUGCCACAUACGGCAGUAUUGUUGAUAGCAAGCCUUAUGGGGAUGAGUGUGUGCCAAAGAAAUUGGAGUGCAUCGGACAUGUCCAAAAGCGAGUCGGUAGCAGGUUACGGAAGUUGAAGAGUACCUAUAAAGGCGGUAAAGGAAGGCUAACAGAUGGUAAAAUAGAUGUUUUACAGAACUAUUAUGGUCUGGCAGUUAGAGAGAAUUUGGAUGUUGCCAAAAUGGCCAAAGCCAUCAAGGCAACUCUUUACCAUGUUGCAUCAUCUGAUGAGAAACCACAACAUCAUCUCUGCCCUGAUGGAGAGGACAGUUGGUGUGGGUACAAGAGAGAUCAAGAGUCCUACAAACACAAUAAUGGCAUUCCAGGGUGCAUUGUAAAAUUAAUUGAACCAAUAUUUGCUGACCUAAGUAAGCCUGACCUGUUGCGAAAGUGUACGCAUGGCUUGACGCAGAAUGUUAAUGAGUGCUUGAAUGGUAUGAUUUGGGACAGAUGCCCCAAAACAACCUAUGUGGAGCAAGAAACUGUAGCCCUGGCUACUUAUUUGGCUGUCCUCAAAUUCAACGAUGGAGAUAUAUCCUUCCUGAAAAUAUUUGAGGCUUUGGACAUUACUCCGGGUGUCUUUACUUGUAAAGGCGCCCAAGAUUGUGACACCACCUGA